AGCUCAGAGGUUACUGAGCAGGAGGAAUCAGAGCGACGGGCUGCAGCUUUCAGCCGCUUCUCUCCGCUCGGCAACACAAAUCAAACCUGUUACGUUCUGCCCCAACUUCAGCGCAGCUUUCAGCGCAUGUGUGCAGCUUCACCAGCCCCCGCUCACACACUGUUUGACUUUCUCCAAACUGGAUUCCCGGAGCACCUCGCCAUGCCUGCCCGGGUUUAGAUUCUCCAUGGAGCUCUCUAACCUGUACGAGGUCGCGCCCCGGCCCCUGAUGAGCAGCCUAAACCACGGCCAGCAGACGUCCUCCGGCUACAGAGACCCAGCAGACCUCGGCGGAGAGAUCGGAGACAACGAGACCUCCAUCGACCUGAGCGCCUACAUCGACCCGUCGGCUUUCAACGACGACUUCCUGGCCGACCUGUUCCACCACAGCUCCAGGCAGGAGAAGCUCAAGAUCAUGAAUGGAGAGUACGACUCGGUGCCGUGCGGCCCGGGGCCGCAGCAGCUCUACAUGUCCAACUACAUGGAGUCCAAGCUGGAGCCUCUCUACGAGCACAAUCCGCCGCGCAUCCGACCGGUGGCCAUCAAGCAGGAGCCCCGGGACGAGGAAGACAUGAACCCGGGCAUGCCUCCCACCUACCACCUCCCGCACCCGCACUCCCAGCAGUACUCCCAGCAUUCCCAGCAGCAGCAGCAGCAGCCGCACCUCCAGUACCAGAUUGCGCACUGCGCGCAGACCACUAUGCACCUCCAGCCGGGACACCCGACCCCUCCGCCGACCCCGGUGCCCAGCCCGCACCAGCACCAGCACCAGCACCAGCACCACCCGCACCAGCACCAGCAGCAGGGCGGCCUGAAGCUGCUGGAGCAGCAGCGAGGAAGCGGGAAACACAAGAAGCACGUCGACAAGAACAGCCCGGAGUACCGGCUGAGGCGCGAGCGCAACAACGUGGCCGUACGCAAGAGCAGGGACAAGGCCAAGAUGCGCAACAUGGAGACGCAGCAGAAGGUGGUGGAGCUGACGGCAGACAACGAGAGACUGAGGCGGAGGGUGGAGCACCUGACCCGCGAGCUGGACACGUUACGGGGCAUCUUCAGGCAGCUGCCGGACGGAUCCUUCAAACCCAUGGGCAGCUGAGAGACUACUGAGUCGGACUGGAAGCAGACUGGAGGCGGACUGGUACACUGCUGGAAUUACACACACACACACACACACACACAGAGAGAGAGAGAGACACACACACGGUUCGACAUGUCUUCACGUGUGGGACGGACUGAGAGCUGAGAGGAGACCGAGGCAGCUGAAGUGUUCACUGCAAAAUUAUCUCAACUAAUCAUUUUGUCCUCAGUUCCCAAACUCUCUUUGUGAAACACGCGGGAACAGAAAUCAGCAAACUUUCCUCAAACCUUCAGCCAGUUUUCAGACGAGUUUGUAUGUAAAAGCAGAACAGCUGAACUGUUCAGCGUCUUGUUUCAGGAAUUUUUUAGAACCGAAGUGUCAGACGGUGAAACCGGACAGAAAAAGAUUCUAGAAAAGUUUUGAAACAAGAAGCAGGUGAUUUCAGCUCGCCGUCUUCUCAUUGGCUGAUCAGUUUUUACCUGUCCUGUGGACUGUGGAGACAGAACGACCCCUUCAGACUGUGUGUUUGCAGUGUUCAUGUGCCUUCUGAAACUUUAGAGUCAAAGCCGAUAAGCUCGCCGGCCUGCACACAGGACGGAGGACUGCUGGUUUCUGUGCCUUGUUUCCAUACAGACUGUGUGCACGACACACUCGACUCACAUAUCAGAGCAGCUAUAAGGUAGGGCCUGGUGAGGUGACCCCACACCGGCCUGCUGUGCAUGUUUCCUUCAUUAUUUUUAUUUGUUUUAUACAAGUUACCAUCUCCAUAUCUUCUCCUGAUGAACUUUGUCCUGUAGAGCUAUGAAGUGCAAAGUGCACACUGCUUGCAUUUAGACUAAACUGUUUGUGUAUGGAUGUUUAUGGAUGUAUUUUCUUCCUGCAGACACAAUAAUGCAUCAGUUUCUGUGCUUGUCCGGCGCAGGGCUGUCGGCUCGACACUCACGGCUGCGUGUUACGGUGCGUGGGGUCCGUGUGGACAGCAAUCAGUAAUCAGAUGAUGUCUUUAAAAGACAAAAGUCACAGAGAGUUUCUGCUGCAGCUCUCAGGUCAGUUUGCGCCCAGAGGGAAGCGGCGGUAACGUCUACUUCCUGCACUGUGAGCAGUCAGAGCUGCAGGAUGAGAGCCGCUCAGCUCUGCGCCUGCUGAUUCAAUGCCAAAGUAAAAACACAGAGAAAAAAACGCCGACUGGAACUGAACCUGUGGUACCUGCUCCAUCAUGUCGCCGUCCUGUGGGGAGCACACGUCUGCAGACCUGCUGGAACUCGUCUGAGGAUGAUGCAUUUCUGAGUCUGAGGAUGUGAUGUGUGGCUCCUCGGAGGACGGCGACAGUGAAGCAGCUUCUUCGUGUGCACUAUUUGUGGUCAGAUGAAGCGCAGAGUCCGGUUGUCGGUGACACAUGGGUACUGAUCCGAACGGGAAAACACGUCCCACGCGUGGGUUCCUGUGGAGCUGAUUUACAGAGAAAAACCAACAAAAACAAAAUGUGAAAAGGGUUCCUAUGCAACGACUUUCUUCCUCUUUUCCGCUGUCGAAUCAUCUCACACACACACGCACACACACACACACACACACACACACGGUGCCUUCUGAUCCUCUGAGAUGACCUUUGACCUCUUGCUGAGCUGCUCGUCGUCGCUCUGUUCAGAAAGAUGUUUGAAGACGAUGAUUCUGUCAGCGAGGAAGAAGGAAGCACUUUUCCUGUUUUUUUUUUUACAAACUGAUGUUAAACCAAUGUUUGUUUAAGAGUUAACGUCUCAAUUGUAAAAUAAGCCUAUAUAUAAAUAUCUAUAAAUAAAUAUAUAUAUGAAAUACCAAAAAAAAAUCUGAAAUGUUAUAAUAAAAGAGCUUCUUUUAUCAGA